AUGAAUCAGCUCAGGGAUGCCAAAGUCUCGCUUGAUAUGAACAAGGUUGCCAAUUUCGUCGGAUCCGAGUUCACUGUAAAUGCCCUGAGAAGCCGAAUUUGCGCCCUCAAGAGAAUUGCGGAGGGAGGCUCUCCGGAGAACAGCGAAUUUGCUACUCCUACCAAUACACCGCAGAAAGGGAAGACUGCUUCACGCACCCCAUCAAAGAAGAAGCAAAAGAUUGUCCCUGACGAGGACAACAACAGCGAGAAUACUCCCUCUGACCAGCCUCGUGUUGUUAUUGAUCUGGUGAAGAAAGAGUUCGCUUCACCCAAGGCCGAGAAGAAAGAGGAACUCACUCACGACUUGGAUACAAUCAAUAAGUAUGAAGACAUGGGAGAGGAGGAGGAGGACAAGCUGGACGUCAAAGAUGAGAUUGACUAUGAUCCUUUCUUUGAGAUUUAG